AUGUCGGAUAGUAGUCGUCCUACAUCACGUUGGUCAUCAUCAAGAUUUACGGCAACAACAUCACGUUCGAAUAAUUCCAAUAAUCAAAUAACACCAUUUUUUGUUUCACGAAAAAAAUUAUUUCAACCAAUAAGAAAUAAUCAACAAAGUUUUGCAAAUCUAACGAAAACUAAAGAUGAAAUGGAAGAAAUAUUUAAAACAUAUUAUUCAAAUAAUACAAGACUUGAUCCAUUUAAAGAAACUGUUAUUGGAACACGUAUUUCAAGUCCACGAACACCAAUACCUGUUCCCAAUAGAACUUCAACAGAUACUCCACCCGAUAUAUUUCGAUCUAGACAUUGUGUUAGUCGAGAAGAUAUGAGUCCAUUAGAUAUACAUGGUGAAAAUCAAAUAGUUAUUGAUGAUAAUCCAAUCGUUAUUAAAUCAAUUAAAAUUCGUUCAUCACCAGUAGUUGUCGAACCAACAAUAUCUACGAAUUCUAGUUUAACUGCAUUAAAAAAUCUUUUAUCUGUUAAAUCUAAUAAUACUAUAUCUCGUGAUAUUACAAGUAAUUCUCUUGAACAUAAAAAUAUGAAACGAAGUAAAUCAGCAUAUCGCCAACGUCCAAUAUCGUCGACAACAACUUUAAAUUCCAAUCCAAUAGGAAUAUAUUCUCUUGCAAAUAAUCGAAAAGAUUCACUAAAUUUUUCUUAUUCAUCACAAGAACAAAAUCAACCACAUAUUCUAACAGGUACAGCAAUGACAGCAAAUCAACGAUUACCUACAAGAUCAGCACGACAGAAUCAACGACCAAAAUCAAAUACAACAAUUCCAGAAAAUAUUUUCUAUCAACAAUCAAGCAUAAAACAAAAUCGUUCAUCUCGUGAAUAUGACAUGUCCCAAUCCUCUGCACAUAUUAUUACACAAUCUGUUGCAUCAAUACCAUCGAAAUGCAGUCGAUAUGUUCUUAUUACAUUUCCAAAAGUUCAAACUCGUUAUCAUAUUCCAACAUGUGUUGAACGUUUAUUACUACCUGAACGUUUUCCAGUAUUAUAUCAAAAUAUAUUGCAUAGUUCUGACAGGAAUCAAAAUAAGAAAUAA